ACGCCUCACGUGACCAUGUCCGCACUUCCUCUCACAGCAUCCGCUUGCACUGUUGUCACAGCAACCAAGUUUAAAACCAUGGGUGGACUGACACCGCCCAAGAAGCCCUCGACCUCACAAACACGACAAAAAGCGCUAAAAUGCACGGUCGAGUUGAAAAUCCAAGCUAUCACUUGUCCAGGGGUGGUGUUACAAUCCCAAGAGGACAUUUAUCUGAGUGUUCGAAUUAUGGGCCAGUACCAAAAGUCCAAGUGCGUUCCUCCAGCGUUCCCUCUCCGGAUGCACGAGAAAAUGUUGUUCGUGAAGACCUUUGUGGGAGUGGUUGACCCAGGUGUUAUAGCUGAGCAUCUAGAGAAUGAUACAACCUCUUUAGAGCUCAUUCAACUUGUUCCUCCAGAGGGUGAAAUCCUGGCCACGUUUGAAGACAACACCCGGGAAUUUCUGUAUCCAGGCACACGUCUCACACCCAGAACCCCUGGUCCAGAGAGAGAGAUUCUGAUGAAGAGAUCUGUCUCUUUUCAGGGAAUCUCUCCCAAAGUGGAAUUUUCAACGACGUCCAUUAUUGAGGAGUGUGAAGUGAAACAUGGUCAGCCUGCCAUGUCCUUAUGUGGCCCUUCCACCAAAAAAAAGUCUCAUGUGAGAAUGAGCCCUGCAGUUACGAAGAAGAGGAAGGCAAAAACUGCAUCAUCACCAUGUGGUUAUGCUAAACCAACGGUGGCAUCCCAAACCCGUUCACCCUCACCGUACACAAAUCGCAGGAUGUGUCAGCUGUCUGAGGAAGCCAGGCAACGACUCGGCCACCUUAAACUAGGACCCUACACCUUUAAGAAAGAGACGGUGCCUCAGGCUCCAUUUGUGGUUCCCCGAAGUCCAAAUUCUUCGUUGAUGGAGUCGCCCACACGUCCUGCAUCGCUGCUUUCUAAUAAAAGAAGCCCCCUCCACCUGCGAUCACCGAGCUGUACUGCAGACCUCACAGAUCCCUCUCUGCUUGGAAGUUUCCGAUCAAAGCCCACCCAGGCAAGCAGUGGUACCCAAAAUAAAUCCCCAAAACAUUAUUCCAGCCCUGUGUCCAACACGCUCCGAGGACAAAGUCCAGUCCUGACCCGCUCCUCCCUUAAAGAACGGUUUCAAAGUCCUACGAGUCCUUCACAGGAGAUCCACAAGCGAGUGCAGAGAAUCUUAAACGUCCACGGGCCGCACCGCAAGCUUACUUUUGAUGAAGCAAAUGCAAAGGAAGAGCUCAGGCAGAGCAUACAUGAGCCCAUCCAUGGUGACUUAGUAAUUGACACACAGCCGCCCCAGGACAGGAUAACUCCUGGAGAACCAUCGGUGCAUUUAGACGACAGAACAUUUUGGACUAACAGAGCAGCCGCGUAUACAGGAAAACCACACAGAGCAGUGUUUGAAGAAAGUUUGAGCAGGAUCUACAAGAAUCUCUACAAAAAUGUUUCACAAUCCAACACAAUGGACAAAUGUGAAUACAACAACCCUGAUUGCUGAUGACAUACACUGAUAAACAAUUGUGCAUUUGCAUAUCUAAAAACCAGUACCGUUUGCCUUGCAUUAUGUGUGUGACACUUGAAUUUUCCAUCAAAGCAUAAAAAACAAACACAGUUUCAUGACUUGAUUUAUUGUGAAUCCAAAGUCAGCGAGAUGUACAUCAUCUGCCCUAACAAAUCUUCUUAUAUGCACUGGUGUUCUGCUGUACAGAUAAGCAUUUUAUAUGGCAUAAUGUCAAAACAUUUGUACAAUAUAUUGUUCAAUGACUAAAAAGACUAUAAAAGAGAA